UCCUGCGCAUUCAUUUCCGCUCACUGUCCCCACGCUGUAGCGUUUAUCGAGCGACAUUCAGUGGGCACAAUAUUGUAAGGAAAUUAGCGAAUCCUUGAGCAAAAUGAGGCCUUUAACAGACGACGAGACAAAAACGAUGUUUGAGAAACUCUCCAAAUACAUUGGUGAGAACAUCAAACACCUGGUGGAUCGACCCGAUGGGACAUAUUGCUUCAGACUUCACAAUGACCGUGUAUAUUACAUCAGUGAGACAAUUCUGAAGUUGGCUACCAACAUCUCCCGUGAUAAGUUGGUGUCGGUGGGCACCUGCUUUGGGAAGUUCACCAAGACCAUUAAGUUCCGCCUGCACAUCACAGCAUUGGACUUUCUGGCACCAUAUGCCAAGGUAAACAAGAAGCAGGAAGUGGAGGCCCUCUGACCCCUCACAUGUCAC